AUGGCGCUGUACCUUUGGUUACGAGAGAAAGUCUUACCGUCCCUUCCGGCGACCUACCACGAUACAGUUAACGAAGUUGCGGACCGAGUGAUCAACACGUAUCCGUACAGCAAGAUCGACGGAUUUGCUGAGGUCCCUGGGUACCAAUUCGCUAUGCUGUACCGUGCAGUACCACCGCAAUACCUGAACGACGCGUAUAUCCACGCUCUGUGUGAUCGGCUUUGUCAUGAUAUCCCGUCUGCACGUUUUGCUGGAUUUCAAUCCGCAACGACAAGAGGCAAGCGCAAAAUGAAACAUCAGGUGAUGUCGAGUGAUAUUCUCAAGCUUGUUGGAAAUCAAGCAGCUGAGUUGGAGGUAAAAACCAUCUUCGUCCCAAUUAACUUCAGCAACGCUCACUGGUGCAGUAUCGUUGUCGACACGCACUCCAAAACGAUACAUUGCUAUGAUCCUGUCAACCAGAAGGAGUUCACGUCGGUAGUUGAAGUUCUCGCGAUGAGCUUAAAAACCAAGGUUUUGCCCGCAUUUCGCAUCGAAGUCGACAAUGAUCCACUUCAGUUUGAUUUAUUUAGUUGCGGAGUCUACGUUUGUUGGAUGUUCAUCAACCGAAGUCUCUCGAGAGCGUCUGAAGCCACGGACAUGGCAGUGCUGACGAAACGACGCUUUGAACUGUUCUACUACGUGCUCACAGGACGGUUGAUAAAAGACGAGCCUGCAAGCACGGUUGAGUAG